AUGGCGCACGUGGGCGGCGUUCAAGAGGCCGAGUCCAGUGCUAGGAGGGCUGUGAGCGUGGGAGAUCCAGAGAAGAAAUACACUGCGUGGCAACACAUUGGCAGUGGGGGUUUCGGGACCGUUUAUAAGGCCUUGGAUGCUGCCACAGGACGAGCGGUGGCCGUAAAGCAACUUGAUCUCCAGCAGCAGGGCUGCAAGGAAGUGUUGAAAGAAGUCACGGUCACGAGAAAAUAUAAGAACGCCAAUAUUGUCACCUACCUAGAGAGCUACCUUGUCAAUGAGGCUGUCCUGCUGGUGCUGGAGUACAUGGACGGAGGCUCUGUAGCUGAGGUGGUCAGCAAGAAAAGGAUGCGUGUAGGACACAUAGCAACUGUCUGUCGGGAGUGCCUGCAAGGCCUGGCUUUCCUUCAUGCCAACCGGGUGAUCCACAGAGACAUCAAAGGCGACAACAUCCUUCUGAGCCGGGCUGGCGCCGUCAAGCUGGCUGAUUUUGGCCUCUGUGCGUGGCUCAGCCCUGAGCAGAGCAAACGGAGGUCGAUGGUCGGGACCCUGCGGUGGAUGGCACCCGAGGUUCUGAGAGGACAGCCCUACGGCCCCAAAGUGGACACCUGGUCCCUUGGCAUCGUGGGAAUAGAGAUGGCCAAAGGAGAGGCUCCUUACUUUCGGCAAACCAGUGCCUGGGCGAAGUAUCUGAUAGGCACGCAAGGAGCACCGGAUGUGCGCACGCUCGGGCUACACUCUGGCUUGCGUGACUUUCUGGGCUGCUGCCUGCAGAUGGAUGUGGACAGGCGAGGCUCCGCCGAGGAACUUCUGCAGCAUCGAUUUCUCAAAUUAGCAGAGCCUCUCCUCAGCCUCUUCUGACAGCGUGAUUGCUGCCAGCCCUGCAGCAAAGGAAUGCAGGCAGCAGAGGGGAUGGCAAGGACCACAAAGAAG